AUACUUUAGAUACAUUUUACUCUAAACAGACACAAAUGACCCUGCGUCCGUCGGUAGUCACAGGGCGGUAGCUUUUGCACAACACAUUGAGUGCUAGCUAGCUAGCUAGGUAGAUUGCUAACCUUAGCUGUAUGACCUAGCUAGCAUCCAACAUCUGGUAGAAAACUAUUUUCUCAUUAUUUGACAUUAUCGUUGACAUGUCGGCCUUUUCAGAGGCAGCUUUGGAAAAGAAACUAUCGGAGCUUAGCAAUUCCCAACAAAGUGUCCAGACUCUGUCACUGUGGCUUAUCCAUCAUAGAAAACACUCGAAGACCAUCGUCAACGUUUGGUUCAACGAAUUGAAAAAAGCCAAGGUAUCCAGGAAGCUCACCUUCCUCUACCUCGCCAACGACGUCAUCCAGAACAGCAAGAAGAAAGGACCUGAGUUCACCCAGGACUUUGCUCCUGUCAUUGUUGAUGCCUUCAAACAUGUGUCCAGGGAAGGAGAGGACCCCUGUAAGAAACAGCUGGGACGGGUUCUGUCCAUCUGGCAGGAGAGGGCUGUGUAUGAGAACAACCUGCUGGACCAGCUCUCACACGUCCUGUUGGGAGAGAAGAAGGCCAAGAAGAGGCCGUAUGAGGAGAUUCAACUGGACGACCAGGACUUGGCCUCCCAAAGCUCCCCCGCGGAGCCCCCACAGACGGCAGAGUUAAUCCGGGCCCUGCAGGAGCUUGAGAAUGCAGCCUCUGGGGACUCAGCACUGCGACAGCGAAUCUCCUCCUUGCCUGCUGAGGUGCAGGACACGUCACUGCUGCACAGGAUCACAGAUAAAGAGCAGGGUGAGCGCCUGUCCAGGCUGGUGGAGGAGGCAUGCAUGCUGCUGGCGGACUUCAGCGGCCGUUUGGCGGCGGAGAUCGACGACCGGCGGCAGCUUACGCGGACGCUCACCCUGUUUCUACACAGCCAGAGGGACGGCCUGGCGCAGAACGAGCAGAAACUUGAAGAGUACAAGCGCAAGCUGGCGCGGGUGACCCAGGUACGGAAGGAUCUGCGUUCUCAUCUCAGCAACCUACCAGACCUCUCUGUGCUCCCCAGUGUGACCGGUGGACAUUUGCACCUGCCCUCGUCUGGCGUCGAGCUUUAUGACCCCACAGCCUGACAGCUCACCUGUGUUUCCCAUCUCUGACCGACCAUCCACCCUCUGAUUGACACAUCUCUCGCCCUAUCAUUUAACUUGUGGACAUCACUUCACUUCGUGGACAUCAGAGUCACUUAGUAACCUUUGACUGACGUAUCUCCCAACCUAUCAUUGGCCAUAUGCAUCUUGCCAUUGUGCUACUGUUUGACUGCUCUCUCAUCCAAUCUUUCCACAUGUAGUCCUAUUUAUCAAAUUUCUCUCUUACCCAUCAUCAUGUAACCCUCCCUUUGUAACAGUAUAUCUCCCUCCUAUUCGCCAAGGAUCCCUCGUAUUCUCUUCACAAUAGAUCACUCUUAUUGGUACAGUAUUCGGAAAGUAUUCAGACCACUUGACUUUCUAAAAUUGAUCAAAUUGUUUUUUACCCUCAUCAAUCUACACGCAAUAGCCCAUAAUGACAAAGCAAAUACAGGUUUUUAGAAAUGUUUGCAAAUUUAUUAGAAAUAAAUAAAUUGACAAAUAAAUUGAAAUAUGACAUUUACAUAAGUAUUCAGACCCUUUACUCAGUACUUUGUUGAAGAACCUUUGGCGAUUACAGCCUUGAGACUUUUUGGUAUGAUGCUACGAGCUUGGCACACCUGUAUUUGGGGAGUUUCUCCCAUUCUCUGCAGAUCCUCUCAUGCUCUGUCAGGUUGGAUGGGGAGCAUUGCUGCACAGCUAUUUUCAGGUCUCUCCAGAGAUUUUACUGGCUGGGCCACUCAAGGACAUUCAGAGACUUGUCCCAAAGCCACUCUUGCGUUGUCUUGGCUGUGUGCUUAGGGUCAUUGUUCUGUUGGAAGGUGAACCUUCGCCCCAAGUCUGAAGUCCUGAGUACACUGGAGCAAGUUUUCAUCAAGGAUCUCUCUCGUUCAUCUUUCCCUUGAUCCUGACAUCCCCACAGCAUGAUGCUGCCACCACCAUGCUUCACCGUUGGGAUGGCGCCAGGUUUCCUCCAGACGUGACGGUUGGCAUUCAGGCCAAAGAGUUCAAUCUUGCUUUCAUCAGACCAGAGAAUCUGGUUUCUCAUGGUCUGAGAGUCCUUUAGGUGCCUUUUGACAAACUCCAAGCGGGCUGUAACGUGCCUUUUACUGAGGGGUGGCUUCCAUCUGGCCACUCUCCAUAAAGGCCUGAUUGGUGGAGCGCUGCAAAGAUGGUUGUCCUCCUGGAAGGUUCUCCCAUUUCCACAGAGGUACUUUGCAGCUCUGUCAGAGUGACCAUAGGAUUCAUGGUCACCUCCCUGACCAAGGCCCUUCUCCCCCGAUUUCUCAGUUUGGCCGGGUGGCCAGCUCUAUGAAGAGUCUUGGUGGUUCCAAACUCCUAUUCAAGAAUGAUGGAGGCCACUGUGUUCUUGGGGACCUUGAAUGCUUCAUAAAUGUUUGGUUCCCUUCCCCAGAUCUGUGCCUCGACACAAUCAUGUCUCGGAGCUCUAUGGACAAUUCCUUCGAUCUCAUGGCUUGGUUUUUGCUCUGACAUGCACUGUGGGACCUUAUAUAGACAGUUGUGUGCCUUUCCAAAUCAUGUCCAAUCAAUUGAAUUUACCACAGGUGGACUCCAAGUUGUAGAAUCAUCUCAAGGAUGAUCAAUGGAAACAGGAUGCACCUGAGCUCAAUUUGGAGUCUCAUAGCAAAGGGUCUGAUUACUUAUGUAAAUACGUUUUAUAUAUAUUUAUAUAUAAAUACAUUUGCAAAAAUGUAGAAAAACCUGUUUUCGCUUUGUCAUUGUAGGGUAUUAUGUGUAGAUUGCUGAGGGAAAAAAUUAUUAAUCCAUUUUAAAAUAAGGCUGUAACGUAACAAAAUGUGGGAAAAAAAUAUAUGGGUCUGAAUACUUUGUGAAUGCACUGUAUCAUUUGCGUCCACAUCUAAUGCUAUUAAAUGAAGGGUAUGACCAAUGUUUUCCAUACCUAAUGCACUCUCUUUCUUCCCACCUGCUCUUCCUCUGAAUACAUAUACUGGUUUGGUGAUCCCCCUUGGCUUUCACUGACAGUGUUCCCAUGCAGAGGAUGGUGGUGGGAGGAGCUAUAGGAAGACAGGCUCAUUGUAAUGGCUGGAAUGGAAUAAUUGGAACGGAGUCAAACGUGGUUUUCAUAUGUUUGAUGCUGUUCCAUUUAUUCCAUUCCAGCCAUUAAAAUGAGCCCAUCCUCCUAUAGCUCUUCCCACCAGCCUCCUCUGUUCCCAUGAUAUUCCUCUUCUGUUUCCCCUAUCUGCCUAACCCCAAACUCCUCAAAAUGGCCGGAAAGAUAUUGUUGUGAUAUUAUUUUUGUAUUUAUAGUGAAUUUAGAUAGCACCGGAAAUGGUAUAUUGCAGUAGUCCCAAUGCAUACAUCCCCUCAGUUUGGUAUCAUUAUAAUCAGCUGCAGUAUUUUGAUAACGAACAAUUAUCAUCUUUAUGCGUUCUUUUAUAAGUGCUCUAAGUCGUAUUCCCAUUAUGUGGACACAGCUCACUAGGUUUUAGAUCUUGUUCUCGGGGGCUUCACUAAUAGCAGGGACUGUUACUGUUCAAGUUCUAUAUAAAUGGCCUUAAUAAUAAUUAAGCCUGUUCAGAAAAGUUAUUUUUUCCAGAUUUAAUUGUGAAAUCAGGUUGAAAAGGAAAUGGACAAGUUGGAAAAUGUAAAAGAAACACGUUUGAAUAUGUUUGACUUUUUUUGAGAAAGCUCUUAGGGAAACAAAAACGUUCAUUGUAAACAUUGUUCUUAAAGCAGUAACCAAUUUCUUUCUUUGUUUUAGCACAUAGACAAAGUUGCAUGUAAAUCCUAGGAACUAAUUGGUUUUUAUCUGUCAGUCUUGUAUCGUCAUUAUGGACUGGCCAAGACACACUCUUUAAAAAAAUGGUUCUGGAUACAACCAAAAAGGGUACUAUGCUUGCUUCCAAUAUGGCACCCCUUAAUGUUCUAUAUAGAACUGAAAUUGGUUCCCUAUAUGGAACCCAUUUUGGUUCAGUGAAGAACCCCAUAUAUAUGGGGUGCCAUAAACAGUAUGAAGCAAGAAAUAGAACCCUUUUCGGUUCUAUCCAGAACCUUUUUUUCUAAGAGUGCAUGGUAGUCAUUCCAAAAAAAUGCCAGGGUCUCAUUGCAGAUGCAUCUCUAUAGAAGUUAGAUGUCUCCGUAAUAGUUGAAGCCUUUCCCAUAUUGGAACAAGCAAGUGGAGACAUCAGUGUUGUAUGCUCUUUUACCGUAUUCCCUACUGCCCCCUGGUUAUAACCUCUACUGAAGGUUCUUCAGCCGCCUGUGACAGCUAUGCUCUUUGAAGAACUUGAAGGGGCACACUUUGCUAAACUACUCCGUAUAACUUAUGUCAAUGAUUUGUAAGUCUUCAUUGAAACACAAAUUGUUGUAAUGUGUUGUUCUCAGAACCCAAUAAACAGCCAAACAUAGGAGAAUUUA